ACCUCCCAGGGAGAAGGGGCUGACUGAGGAGCUGAAAAGACAGCAGGCUGUGUAGGAUCCUGCUUCAGGAUCCCGAAGCGCGUGGGUCUGAGAGAAGGGGAUCAUAAGGUCUAAGUGAGAAAAGCAGAUCAAAGAACCUGUGCUGAGCAGCCCUCCUGUGUGCUGGUGUUAUUGGCCUUAUCCCUCUACAGCUCCAGCAAGUAGCAACAUUGUUGCUACAACAUCUAAGGUCUACUUGAUGAGGACCAAAGCCUAUUCCCAGGAGAGAAACCAAGAACCAAGGAGAAUGGCCCCUGGGAGCCAGAGACCCUCAUCCCAGGAGUUGGUGACAUUCAAGGAUGUGUUUGUGGACUUCACUAAGGAGGAGUGGGGCCUCUUGGACCAUUCUCAGAGAGAGCUGUAUAAGGAGGUCCUGCUGGAGAAUAUCCAGAACCUGCUGUCCCUGGAUUUAGAGACCAACUUUGAAGUAAAUGAGGUGACUACAAAUCUUGGAACUUUUCUGGAAAAAUGUGACCUGCAAAGAUUCAUAAGUGAUGGUGCUUGGAACUUCAAAUGGAAAGAAAUCCAUGACUCUGAUAUCAACUUAGAUAAAAAUCCAAAGAGCGAAUAUGAAUUUGAUGAAAUUGGAAAGAGAUUCAGUCAGUCUUGUAUCCUAAAUCAGUGUAAGAAAAUGAUCUCAGGGAAUGACAGUCUUCAGGAUAGUGAAUAUAGCAAAUGCUUUACUGAAGAAGUAGAGCUUUUUCAGUCCCAUGAGAAGGCUCCUGAAAUGCUCGUGUAUCCAGGUAAUGAAGGGGAAAUGGCCUUGAGCUGGAGUUCAGACCUCAGACAUCAGAAAAGUGAUACUGGAGAAAGACUCUGUGUAAGUAAUAAAGGUGGGAAGGCCUUGAUUCAGAACUCUAAGCUCAUUACUCAUCAGCAAAUUCCCAUUGAAAAGGAGCCUGAUAAAUAUAAUAAAUGGAAAGCAACCUCAUCCCAUCACUCAUCUCUUCCUAGACCGCCUAGAUUUCACCCUGGAAUUCCUCAGCUUGGGAAGGCCUUUGGUUGGCACUCAGAUCUUGAUAGAUCUCAUAAGAUUCAUACUGGGAGGAAGUUUUAUGAAUGCCAUGAAUGUGGGAAAACUUUUUGCCAUAGAUCACUCAUUAUUCGCCAUCAGAGAAUCCAUACUGGCGAGAAACUUUUUGAAUGCAAUCAAUGUGGAAAAGCUUUUACACAGAACUCCAGUCUAGCUGCACAUCAGAGAGUCCACACUGGAGAGAAACCUUAUGAAUGUCAUUAUUGUGGAAAGUCUUUCUCAGACAAGGGCAAUCUUAUAGUACAUCAGAGAAUUCACACUGGAGAGAAACCUUAUGAAUGUAAUCAGUGUGGAAAGACCUUCACACAGAGCUCCAGUCUUGCUGCACAUCAGAGGAUCCACAGUGGAGAGAAACCUUAUGAAUGUAAUCACUGUGGAAAGGCUUUCACAAACAUUGGCAAUCUUGCUACCCAUCAGAGAAUCCACACUGGAGAGAAACCUUAUGAAUGUAACCUGUGUGGAAAGGCUUUCAAUGACAGGGGAAGGCUUGCUGCCCAUCAGAGAAUCCACACUGGAGAGAAACCUUUUGAAUGCAAUCACUGUGGAAAGACUUUCACACACAGUUGCAGUCUUUCUGCCCAUCAGAGAAUCCACACUGGAGAGAAACCUUAUGAAUGUAAUCAGUGUGGAAAGGCUUUCACAGACAGUGGCACUCUUGCUGCACAUCAGACAGUCCACACUGGAGAGAAGCCUUAUGAAUGUAAUCAGUGUGGAAAGGCUUUCACAAGGAAUGAGAGUCUUUCUGCCCAUCAGAGAAUCCACAGUGGAGAGAAACCUUUUGAAUGUAAUCAAUGUGGAAAGACUUUCAGGACAAGCUCCCAGCUUACUAGACAUCACAGAAUUCACACUGGAGAGAAACCUUAUCAAUGUAAUCACUGUGGAAAGGCUUUCACAGAGAGUUCCCCUCUUGCUGUACAUAAGAGAAUCCACACUGGAGAAAAACCUCAUGAAUGUAAUCAGUGUGGAAAGGCUUUUAGAGACAGGGCCAGUCUUGCUGUGCAUCAGAAAAUUCACAGUGGAGAGAAAGCUUUUGAGUGUAAUGAAUGUGGAAAGAGUUUCAGAAUGACCUCCCAUCUUGUUGCUCAUCAGAGAAUCCACAGUGGAGAGAGACCUUUUGAAUGUAAUCAAUGUGGAAAGACUUUCAUAGAGAGGUACCAUCUUGCUGCACAUCAGAGAAUCCACAGUGGAGAGAGACCUUUUGAAUGUAAUCACUGUGGAAAGGCUUUCACAAACAGGCACAAACUGGGUGCCCAUCAGAGAAUCCAUACUGGAGAGAAACCUUAUGAAUGUAAUCACUGUGGAAAGGCUUUCACACAGAGGUGCCAUCUUGCUGCCCAUCAGAGAAUCCACACUGGAGAGAAUCCUUAUGAAUGUAAUUUAUGUGGAAAGGCUUUCAAAGACAGGGGCAGUCUUGCUGCCCAUCAGAGAAUCCACACUGGAGAGAAACCUUUUAAAUGCAAUCACUGUGGAAAGGCUUUCACACAGAGGAGCAAUCUUACUACACAUCAGAGAUUCCACACUGGAGAGAAAUCUUAUGAAUGUAAUCAAUGUGGAAAGGCUUUCACCAUGAGGCAGAAACUUGCUGCCCAUCAGAGAAUCCACAGUGGAGAGAGACCUUUUGAAUGUAAUCAAUGUGGAAAGACUUUCAUAGAGAGGUACCAUCUUGCUGCACAUCAGAGAAUCCACAGUGGAGAGAGACCUUUUGAAUGUAAUCACUGUGGAAAGGCUUUCACAAACAGGCACAAACUGGGUGCCCAUCAGAGAAUCCAUACUGGAGAGAAACCUUAUGAAUGUAAUCACUGUGGAAAGGCUUUCAGAUACAAGGGAAAUCUUGCUACCCAUCAGAGAAUCCACACUGGAGAGAAACCUUAUGAAUGUAAUUUAUGUGGAAAGGCUUUCAAAGACAGGGGCAGUCUUGCUGCCCAUCAGAGAAUCCACACUGGAGAGAAACCUUUUAAAUGUGAUCACUGUGGAAAGGCUUUCACACAGAGGGGCAAUCUUACUGCACAUCAGAGAAUCCACACUGGAGAGAAACCUUAUGAAUGUAAUUUAUGUGGAAAGGCUUUAAAAGACAGGGGCAGUCUUACUGCCCAUCAGAGAAUCCACACUGGAGAGAAACCUUUUGAGUGCAAUCACUGUGGGAAGGCUUUCACACAGAGGGGCUAUCUUAUUGCACAUCAGAGAAUCCACACUGGAGAGUAGCUUUAUGAAUGUGGAAAGGCUUUCACAACCAGACAGAGUCUUGCUGCACAUCAGAUAAUGCACAGUGGAGAAAAACCUUUUGAAUGUAAUUGUAACAACAAUUUGGCUAGCAGCAGCUGUUUUUGAGGUGUAAGACCCAACAAGACAAGCAACAAGAACUGCUGGCACAGGCUCUUUAAUCUGCUUUACUAAGGAAAGCAACUUUAAGGGGUUAACAAUCUCGCUUUAAUCAAACAUAUAUAUGUAUCAUUCACUUAGUUCAGGGGAAAAAGCCAGCACCCUGAACUUCAAAUAAGUUGCAAACCUGCAUUAUGUAAACAGGCAGACCUUGUCAGGUUGUCAAAUCACAAUUCAUAGUUACCAGAGAAGAAUCAAUGGGUCUGGGUUAGCAAAGCCAGGGGUCAGUUACAGUGGCUUGCCCAAAGUCUCCAUACUCCUUUGAGCCCCAAAACACAUCUGGGUUCUUCCAAAGCCAGGGAGCUAAAGCGGCUACCCAGAACCCUACACACCAACCACACUUUCAGUGAGUCAGAGCCCCAGACAAAAUGGUAACCUCUGAGUUUAUAUACCCUUUUUAGAGUCAAAGGGCAUCACAACAUGCGACUCAAACCCACUUGACCUAAAAGCUUCUGGUGUCACAAACAUACAACUCAAAGCCAUGCAAAUUAGGCUUUCCCUUGAGGUAAACAGGUCAUCAAUAACUCCUGAUUUAAUCAAAGAAACAAAGGCCAUAUACAUUAAGGGCACUUGAUUAAAUAAGUGCUCUGAAAGGGUAAAAAAGUCCCAGCUUAAUUACUGUAACAAUAAUCAGUGUGGAACAACUUUCAGAAAGAGCUCCCAUCUUGCACAUCAGAGAAUCCACACUGAUGAGAAACCUUAUGAAUGAAAUCAGUGUGGAAAGGCUUUCAAAAGGAGGCAGAGUCUUGCUCCAGGAGGCCAGUGUCACUGGAUGGAAGAGGAAAUGUGGGGGAGAAAGGUGUAAGAACACUGGAAAGGUCAGAGAGGGCCAAGUUAUGCAGGGCUUUGAAUGCCAAACUGAGCAUUUUGCAUUUGCUCCUGGAAACAGUAGGGAUCCACUGGAGUUUACUGAGUGGAGGAGGGAGGUGACAAGGUCAGACCUGCACUUUAGGAAAAUGACUUUGGGACUGGACUGGAAUGGGGAGAGACUUGAGGCAGACAGAUCCCCUCCCCAGCAGCUAUUGUGAUAGUCCAGGUGUGAGGUGAUGGUGUUUUGUUGAAAGCUGAUUGAGAAACCUUAAUGUGGAGUAUACAGGUGAAUGAUUCUAAUUCAUUAUUAUUUUGUAGGGAAGAAGAGAGCCUGGGUAAGUGGGGAGUAGAGGAGGAUACAGGUCUUUGUUUACUCCCCAGCACAGAAGAAUAACUGAGAUCUCUCUGGGAAGUCCUCAGUCUGAUUCAGUUUGGCAUUGGAGUGGACGGGGCAUCAGAUCACCAAGCUCAAAGGAAGGAGUGUCUACUUGGAGACACCUCUUCAUUAUUGGGGCAUUGGUGGCAACACUGAACACAGGCCACCUAACUCAGGCUGGGUAAAGUGACCUUUGGCCUUUCAACCCUGCCCCCACUUACCUCUUCCACACCUGGACUAAGAGGAGGCCAACCAAGUAGGGUGGAAUCAAGUUUGAAGUUGCCUGCUGAGAACUUCCCCUGAGUUUAAUAUGUCCAUCUUCCAUGAGUUACCUUACUAGGCACAUGCACUGGACACAGAGUAAGCAUGUUUGAUGGAAGGAGCCUGCAGUGAGCCACAGUCUUGCUCACUCCUGGAUACCUUUGCUGGUGUUAAUUGACUGACUUUGCUGUUGUGCCCCACCACCCCCACCCAAACUAGGCCAAACAAGCCUUGCAGUCAACUGUUCCUGCUAAACAACCUCCUUCUGUGUCCUCCUGAUCCUGGGAAAAAUUCUCCAUCCUUUUCCCCAACACCUCUCUGUACUUCCUUUUAGUGGUUUUCAUGCAUAAAUCUCCCCUGCCCUUCUUGGGCUGUUAGGUUUUUGUACAGCACUAGUGUUUGAUUUUCUUCCUAAUAAAACUUUUCUGCUUUCAACCCA